ACCCUGUCAAGAUGUUUCCCUGUUCCCUCCCCUUCACAGAUCUGUCAGUAUGAGGAUGGGUGGAAAUAACUUGGUAUGAAAUGUGAGAGAUGAUAAGUUUCACUCACUGCAGCAAGUGAACAAGAGCAGAAGGAGCAGAGAUUCGUUUUCCUUCAGAGCACAGAGAUCGUUUCUGUUCAGAGGAAGUCAAACUGUUUGACAGUGACUCUCAGCAGGUAAAAUGGACGAAGCAAGAUUGUGCUGUUCCAUCUGUCUGGAUCUAGUGAAGGAUCCGGUGACUAUUCCCUGUGGACACAGCUACUGCAUGAGCUGUAUUAAGAGACACUGGGAUGAAGAGGAGGGAAGGAAAAUCCACAGCUGUCCUCAGUGUAGGAAGGUCUUCAUACCGAGACCUGACCUGGAGAAAAACACCAUGUUAGCAGAUUUAGUGGAGGAGCUGAAGAAGACUGGACUCCAAGCUGUUCCUGCUGAUCACUGCUAUGCUGGACCUGAAGAUGUGGUCUGUGAUUUGUGCAGUGGGAGGAAACUGAAAGCUGUCAGAUCCUGUUUGGUGUGUCUGGUCUCUUACUGUGAGAAACACCUCCAGCCUCACUAUGAUGUACCUCAGUUAAAGAAACACAAGCUGGUGGAGCCCUCUGAGAAGCUCCAGGAGAACAUCUGCUCUCGUCAUGAUGAGGUGAUGAAGAUGUUCUGCCGCACUGAUCAGCAGUGUAUCUGUUAUCUCUGCUCUUUGAAUGAACAUAAAGACCACGACACAGUCUCAGCUGCAGCAGAAAGGACUGAGAGGCAGAGAGAGCUGGAGCUGAGUCGACAACAAAUCCAGCAGAGAAUCCAGGACAGAGAGAAAGAUGUGGAGCUGCUUCAACAGCAGCUGGAGGCUAUCAAUGGCUCUGCUGAUAAAGCAGUGGAGGACAGUGAGAAGAUCUUCAUUGAGCUGAUCCGUCUCAUGGAGGAAAGAAGCUCUGAUGUGAAGCAGCAGAUCAGAUCCCAGCAGGAAAGUGAAGUGAGUGGAGUCAAAGAGCUUCAGGAGAACCUGGAGCAGGAGAUCACUGAGCUGAAGAGGAAAGAUGCUGAGCUGAACAAGCUCUCACACACACAGGAUCACACCCACUUUCUACACAACUACCCCUCACUGUCACCACUCAGUCAAUCUACACACUCAUCCAGCAUCAAUAUCCGUCCUCUCAGGUACUUUGAGGAUGUGACAGCAGCUGUGUCAGAGCUCAGAGAUAAACUACAGGACAUUCUGACAGAGGAAUGGACAAACAUCUCACUGACAGUGACUGAACUGGAUGUUUUACUGUCACAACCAGAGCCCAAGACCAGAGCUGGAUUCUUAAAAUAUUCACAGGAAAUCACACUGGAUCCAAACACAGCAAACACAUGGCUGUUAUUAUCUGAGGGAAACAGAAAAGUAACAGUAAUGAAUGAAGAACAGUUUUAUUCUCGUCACCCAGACAGAUUCACUAAAUGUUGGUUUCAGGUUCUGAGUAGAGAGAGUCUGACUGGACGUUCAAAAUUGUGCUGUUCCAUCUGUCUGGAUCUACUGAAGGAUCCGGUGACUAUUCCCUGUGGACACAGCUACUGCAUGAGCUGUAUUAAAAACCACUGGGAUGAAGAGGAUGGAAGGAAAAUCCACAGCUGUCCUCAGUGUAGGAAGAACUUCAUACCGAGACCUGUCCUGUUGAAAAACACCAUGUUAGCAGAUUUAGUGGAGGAGCUGAAGAAGACUGGACUCCAAGCUGCUCCUGCUGAUCACUGCUAUGCUGGACCUGAAGAUGUGGCCUGUGAUUUCUGCACUGGGAGGAAACUGAAAGCUGUCAAAUCCUGUUUGGUGUGUCUGGUCUCUUACUGUGAGAAACACCUCCAGCCUCACUAUGAAUCCCUGGCCUUUAAAAAACACAAGCUGGUGGAGCCCUCUGAGAAGCUCCAGGAGAACAUCUGCUCUCGUCAUGAUGAGGUGAUGAAGAUGUUCUGCCGCACUGAUCAGCAGUGUAUCUGUCAUCUCUGCUCUGUGGAUGAACAUAAAGACCACGACACAGUCUCAGCUGCAGCAGAAAGGACUGAGAGGCAGAGAGAGCUGGAGCUGAGUCGACAACAAAUCCAGCAGAGAAUCCAGGACAGAGAGAAAGAUGUGGAGCUGCUUCAACAGCAGGUGGAGGCUUUCAAUGGCUCUGCUGAUAAAGCAGUGGAGGAGAGUGAGGAGAUCUUCACUGAGCUGAUCCGUCUCAUGGAGGAAAGAAGCUCUGAUGUGAAGCAGCAGAUCAGAUCCCAGCAGGAAAGUGAAGUGAGUGUAGUCAAAGAGCUUCAGGAGAAGCUGGAGCAGGAGAUCACUGAGCUGAAGAGGAAAGAUGCUGAGCUGAAGAAGCUCUCACACACACAGGAUCACACCCACUUUCUACACAACUACCCCUCACUGUCACCACUCAGUCAAUCUACACACUCAUCCAGCAUCAAUAUCCGUCCUCUCAGGUACUUUGAGGAUGUGACAGCAGCUGUGUCAGAGCUCAGAGAUAAACUACAGGACAUUCUGACAGAGGAAUGGACAAACGUCUCACUGACAGUGACUGAGCCCAAGACCAGAGCUGAAUUCUUAAAAUAUUCACAGGAAAUCACACUGGAUCCAAACACAGCAAACAAACGUCUGUUAUUAACUGAGGGAAACAGAAAAGUAAGAUUUAUGAGUAAAGAACAGUCUUAUUCUAGUCACCCAGACAGAUUCACUUCAUUGUGUCAGGUCCUGAGUAGAGAGAGUCUGACUGGACGUUGUUACUGGGAGGUGGAGUGGAGAGGAGGAGGAGUUUAUGUAGCAGUCGCAUACAAGAAUAUCAGCACAGCAGGGAGAUCAAAUAAAUCUGCUUUUGGAUACAAUGACACAUCUUGGGCGUUAAAUUGUUUCCAAAACUUUUUUUCAUUUUUGUACAACAACAUCCAAACUCCACUCUCAGGUCCUCUGUCCUCCAGAGUAGGAGUGUACCUGGAUCACAGUGCAGGUAUUCUGUCCUUCUACAGCGUCUCUGAAACCAUGACUCUCCUCCACAGAGUCCAGACCACAUUCACUCAGCCUCUCUAUGCUGGACUUGGGUUUGGUUGGCCUGGAGACACAGCUGAGUUGUGUAAACUGAAAUAGAUAAAAGUCAUUGAAAGUGCAGUUUGUUAAAAUGUGUAUUUUAGUUGUUGAAGUGAUUUUGAUGAUUGAUUUAUUUAUUUGAAACAACAAAUGUUGUCUGUUCA